AUGGCAUUAGGAAUUCCUUUCCUCUUUUUAACCAUUUUAAGCCAAAUUAGCAAUUUCGCACUUAGUGCUAAUGAGAUAAACGGUCAAGGUUGUACGAACCUUGACGAAAGACCUGCACCCCUAAACUAUAGAAACAAUGUACAUCAACUCUCAUCACUACUCCUAUCCGAUUCGUCGUCCUCCGAUCCACCAACACAUAGUUACUUCACAACCUCCGUGGGCGAGGUUUCCGCUCGAGCUUAUGGCUAUUAUCUCUGUCGAGGUGAUCUUAACGGUAAAGAUUGUCAGAGUUGUGUAGAAACUGCUCAUAAAUCCAUCACUAAUCUAGAUCGAAACAUUGGUAACGAUUGCUUCGUUAGCGAAUCAAAUGUAAAGUGCUUGAUACCUUACGCAAACAGGUCGGAAUUCUUGGGGUUUGGGGAAGAAAUCGGGUUCAGUGGUGGCGGAUAUGGGGACUACUUGACAUCAUCCUCGUCGCAGUACAACACGACGUUGUCAAAUUCGAUGCAGGAACUCUUGAGAGAUGCUCGUUAUCAGAACUUGACUAAGGCUAAUUUCGCGACCAGGGUAGUUAUGGUGGAAGGAUCUCGUGAGAAAAUUUACUUACUUGUUCAAUGUAGGCCUGAUAUGCCACCUAUUAAUUGCAGUAAUUGCUUAAGUAGUAUUCACGAUGAGAUGCGUAUAGGUCGUACUACGAGCGGAAAAGUUAUUGGUGUUAAUUGUUUGUUGAAGUACAGUAAUGAGAGUUUCUUUGGUGGUGCAAAUAACAGUUUUCUUCCUAAUUUUUUGAGUAUUAUUGUUGUCUUCGUAUCUUCUGUGUGCCUCGUACUCGUGUAA